AGAGGAUGUGUCUACUGAACUUUAAUAAAAAUGUUUAAUAUUACGCUACAAAGUCUAAUUAUAACUUACUUUACAAUGUCUAUAACUUAGUUAACAAUGUUUGUAUAUUUGAUCAUUUUUCGUAACAUGCUAGUCACAUCUCGUAGUACAUUAUCUAUGUAUCCUCCAGUAGUUUCCCCGUUGCCUUAGCAACCGCUGUAAGCAUCUACGAAAUAAUAAGAGAGACUUCGGAGCGUUUCUGGAAAAAGUUAUGCGCGAUGUCUCAUACUGCAGACAUAGCACGUUCAGCUGAGGCGGGGGCGGGGCUGGGCCACGUGCUGCAGUACAGCAAGGAGACACAAGAAAUGCUCAAAUUGAUGAUGCAAGAGUCAAAACUUACAAACUUUCAGCAAAAACAGAUCACCAGCCAGCUGAAGAAGGGGGGCGCCCUGCCAUUGACUUGUAGCCCCACAUCACCAGCCCCUGCAGCCCAUCCCAAACCCACGGUCAUAGAACCAGCCAGCCUGCCAGUCAAACCACAGAAGCGCAGUGUUACGAUAUGCAGGUCUGGGGAUAAUUACGUGCGAGAGAAGUUCCGCCCGUCUGCCACACGGGAUCUCGAAAAGGAAAAGAGGAGGCUGCAGGAUAUUUUUGCGAUGGGGAAGGAAGAGGAGCCAAAAACCAUCCAUUUCCAGGACUUUCCUGUUGACAGGGGAGCCGAGAAGGAGGUUGACAGAUUCCAAGAGGUCCUGGAUGAGAUCGAAGACAGGAGACAGUUUCUUGAGGAGAUGGUGGCCCUUGGGAGAGGGAAAUGUUUCCAGAACAUCAUUAAUACAGAGAUAUCACAGAGGAUCCGGGAGCUGGAAGUGAUUGACAGAGCCCGCAGCAUGGAGUGGAAAAGUCUCAGAGAGGAGCAGAGGAGGCCAGAAUGUUCCGCACCUGCAGCUGACUAACCCACCAAUGGAAAGCAAGUCCUUAAACUUCAGGAAAACUGCCAAGACACAUACUCUAAACUUCUAAGACAAAAAUUGGUACUCGCAGAUAAAAGUAUGUAGAAAGACUCCCAUAUUCUUCCUAUAUACUCAAAUGACUCAAAAUUAAGUAGAAGAAGAAUUGAGUUGGGUGAGUAUACAGUAUUCCUGUACUUUACCAGCAGGUCAGAAACUGCUAGUUACAGGCACAUACAUCAUACACACGAUGUCAAAUGUGAAUGAAUAAACACACAUUGUUUAGUUUCAUUAAUUCAUUUUAUUUCCUUGAUUUAUCUCAUAUAGCUAUAGUUUUAAUAGUUUUUUUUUUUUUUUUUU